AUGGAUUCGAUGUGGACCAACCUGCUCAGACAAGACGAGCGGUGCUGCCUCGCCAUCUGCCUGGCCGUCAACUGCCCCCACAAUGGACUGACUGACGACACGUGGUACCCGCCGUUUGACCGGGUUAAAGAAGAUAUCAAUGGGACCUCGGGAAAACGGUUUAUUGACUACGUCGUAAGCAGCCUCCGCGGGCCGCUCCAAGGAAAAGACUUUGUCGUCAAGGUAGCCGCACUCCUGGCGUGCCUGAAAGUUCUCGAGGCUUCCGAUCAACCAGACGGCUGUCCAGCGGACAACAGAACGAAUCUGCUGUUCGAGUUUGACAGGACACUGGACUUCGACUUUGGCAACAUCCCUGUCAUCAUCAGGGUGCUGGAGCAAGUCCUGAUGUUUUCCGCGCGGAUUUGGGAAAUCCAUGCGCCGGAGGACGCCGUCCAUCCCGGAAUUUUGCCCGCAACCCUCAACUUGAACACCGCAGACGUGUCCGAGUUACUUCUCGACACGCUCAGCGACGACGAGAUGGGGCUUGCAGGCCAUUCAACGUGUGAUAUGGAUGAAGACGAAUCUGACGAUGAGGAUGAUGGGAGUUUUCUAGCUGAAUCUGAUUUCAUCGCAAGCUCAGACUCGUCGAAUGAAGAACUGUCUGACAACGACUACCACGAAACGCCCAAUACGGACUCUGAGUUUCGUGAAGACUCGGAGCUGUCAGAAGAAAGCUCUGGGUCUGAUGUUGACGAAGGGGAGGACGAUGUAUACUAA